UGAUAAUAAGAACAUUUUAGUGUCUUGUUGUAUGCUAAUUAAAGACUGAAUCAGAUGCAGUUCGAAUAGUAUAAAUGCACCGUCGAUAGGGAACUUUUCAUUGGUCUGGUUACUAGUCGACUGAUCGUUGCUACGAUGAGAUUGGUCUGGAUUUUGAUGUCCUUGCAGCUUAUGCUGCUAGCAACUGCUCUCAGUGCCAGACAAUGUGUUAAGCCAACUGCUGCACCACAACCCACGGAGGAUCCCGAUGACCCCACUGACGAUCCAUGGGAUCCCACGGAUGACUCAUCUGAGGAUCCAUGGGAUCCAACUGAUGAGCCCUCGGGUUCCACGGGAAAGCCCACUGGAGUGCCAACUGAAAGUCCUUUAGAUCCCACACCCACUGGAGAACCUUCGGUACCAACGGGAGAUCCCACUCAGAAUCCGUCGGAUCCCACUGAAAAACCAUGGGAGCCAACCGAUAAUCCAUCGGAUCCUACGGAAGAACCCACUGAAAAACCAUCGGAGCCAACAGGAGAACCAACUGAUAACCCGUCGGAUCCCACGGAGGAACCCACUGAAAAACCAUCGGAGCCAACAGGAGAACCAACUGAUAACCCGUCGGAUCCCACACAGGAACCCCCUGGAGAACCAUCCUCUCCAACGGGUCAACCCACUGAAGAUCCAACUAGAGAGCCUAAUGAUCCAACGGGGGAGUCAACGGACUCUCCUUUAGAUCCUACUGGAAAGCCAACUGAAGAGUCAUCAUCUUCUACAGACGAACCCACUGACGAGUCCUCAGUUCCUUCGGAAGAGACUACUCGAGUUACAUCAGAAAAAACGGUUGAGCCGGGAAGUUCAGAAAAACCAACUGACGAACCUCUGAGUUCAAGUGAAGCAACGUCCCAGACUACACCCAGCAUUGAUGCAGACGCCUCAUGUAGGACUCAUCAGGGAGUCCAGUUCCUGCCACAUCCGUAUGAUUGUCAUCUAUACAUACACUGCAAUGGGGAUGUGGGAUACAUAAUGGAUUGUCCAAGUGAUCUAUUCUGGAAUUCGGUCAACCAGACUUGCGACAAGACCUGCGCCUAGAGAAAUAAAGAACUUAGAAUAGUAUGCUCUCAAAAA